GGACGGGGCGGGGCCACAUGGCCUAAGGCGCCAUCAGCCACCCGGGAGAUAUCCGCCGGGGGAGAACAGCGUUGCACCAUCCCAGAAGCUGCUGUUAGCUCGCCCGCCCUCGGCACGCCGCCCGUUCGCCCCUGCGCUGUCCGCCCUUCCCCUAGCAUUACUUCCGGGCCCGCGCUGAGGGGGUUCGUUCGGCUGCCAGGAGGCGUGAACCGCGGACCAUGAGCGUGGGCUUCAUCGGGGCCGGCCAGCUGGCCUAUGCUCUGGCGCGGGGCUUCACGGCCGCAGGCAUCCUGUCGGCUCACAAGAUAAUAGCCAGCUCCCCGGAAAUGAACCUGCCCACGGUGUCCGCGCUCAGGAAGAUGGGUGUGAACCUGACACGCAGCAACAAGGAGACGGUGAAGCACAGCGACGUCCUGUUUCUGGCUGUGAAGCCACAUAUCAUCCCCUUCAUCCUGAAUGAGAUUGGGGCCGACGUGCAAGCCAGACACAUCGUGGUCUCCUGUGCGGCUGGUGUCACCAUCAGCUCUGUGGAGAAGAAGCUGAUGGUGUUCCAGCCAGCCCCCAAAGUGAUUCGCUGCAUGACCAACACACCUGUGGUAGUGCGGGAAGGUGCUACAGUGUACGCCACGGGCACCCAUGCCCUGGUGGAGGAUGGGCAACUCCUGGAGCAGCUCAUGAGCAGCGUGGGCUUCUGCACUGAGGUGGAAGAGGACCUCAUUGAUGCCGUCACGGGGCUCAGUGGCAGUGGGCCUGCCUAUGCAUUCAUGGCUCUGGACGCAUUGGCUGAUGGUGGGGUGAAGAUGGGUUUGCCACGGCGCCUGGCAGUCCGACUCGGGGCCCAGGCUUUGCUGGGAGCUGCCAAGAUGCUGCUGGACUCGGAUCAGCAUCCAUGCCAGCUCAAGGACAAUGUCUGCUCCCCUGGGGGAGCCACCAUCCACGCCCUGCACUUUCUAGAGAGUGGGGGCUUCCGCUCUUUGCUCAUCAAUGCAGUUGAGGCCUCCUGUAUCCGAACACAAGAGCUACAGUCCAUGGCCGACCAAGAAAAGAUCUCCCCAGCUGCCCUUAAGAAGACCCUCCUAGACAGAGUGAAGCUGGAAUCCCCCACAGUCUCCACACUGACCCCCUCCAGCCCAGGGAAGCUCCUCACAAGAAGCCUGACCCUGGGAGGCAAGAAGGACUAAGGCAGCAUCUAUCCCCUCUGUGAUUCAGAGCCCUUAGUUGAGAGCCCCUACCACCCCACCGCCCUGCCCCCACCAUUGCCCCUCCUCAGCUGUGCAAGGAGAAAGCAGGCUCAGGAAGUUUUCAGGUCCUUGUGUUGAAACCUCCUUAAAUCUGUUCAGACCAAGCAAUGCGAGCUUCCUCUCCUGUCCCAUGUUGGAAGUUGCUCUGAAGGGGUGGUAGAUGCUGGAAGCCAGACAGAACCCUGCAUAUGCUGCUCAGUUGGUGGAGACUGGGGCUGGGACUGGAGUCAGCCCAGCUGGGAGGAGGGGCUGGGGAGGAUCUGCAGCUGACGCCCAAUGCAGGGUUGGUUUGAUGCCAAGGCAAAGUGGUGAGAGAGAAGAACAGGAAAGGGGCUUUCUCUGAAUUGGUAAAUGGGAAAGAAGUGAGCAACUUAAGAUUGUCACAAUUAAUCACAAGUGUACAGGAUUAGACUGUGUUUAUAUUUAACUCUUGCUUCAUAGGUGUACCAUUUAAAGAGUGUUAUUUAAUGCUAAGUUUAACUGCUUUAAUAAAGUUUAUUUUUAAAUAUC